CGGGCCAGAAGGAGCCCAUAAAGCAGAAGCCCCUCGGGGAGAUGAAGAAAGGCGGUGAGCCCUCGGGGGAGGCCGCAAAGCGGAAGGCCACCGGCAAGGCCCCAAUCCCCGAGGGGUAGAAGCAAAAAAAGGGGGACGCCGGGAAGAAGGCUCCCCUGGUGUUGGUGGUGGACGAGCAUUCCGCCUCCGAGCCCAGUGCUCCGACUGCUCCCUGCCCGCCCUCGAGUAAAGGUGGCGAGGUAAGCUUUCCUCGGGAGGACAUACAGUUCUCCCUGCCGAAGGGGUCUGCCAUUACGCAUGGUACAGUGGACCCCCGGGAAUUUCUGGGCGGGGCUACACCCGCUCUGGACAGGCGGGCCCUCGGGAAGCUGGAUGAUGAAGCCCUCGAGUCCAAAAUCCUCCGGUCCUCUCUUACCGCUUGCAUAGCCCUCAGCGAACACGCCAGGAGGUUCGGCGAGUGGCGCCUCCAGAGGGCGCAACAGGAGGAGUCCCUCAAGAAGCUUAUUCAUGAUAAUGCCGAGGCCGUGAGGCAGAUGGCUCAACUGGAGAGGGACCUCCAGCAGGCGAGGGCGGAAGCAGAGAGAGCGGCCAGAGAGAGGGUGGAGAUGGAGAAGGCGGCUGCCGAGGCUGCGAAGAAGGCCCUUGAAGACGCCGAGGCCGCCAAAGCAGAGGCCGCCGCUGUUGCAGUUCCUGCCUUCAUGACCGAGGGCUGGAAGGCCGAAGGCCAUAAAGACUGGCUGGCCUCGGUCAUGGAGAGUUCUACCGAGGGGUGGGUGAAGGGCCCCGGGGCGAUGUGGCUAGCCCGAAAGGGUGAAGAUUACUACGCCGGGGGCGAGUUCUUCACCCAGGCCCUAAUCUACAGGAGGCUCACCCGGCACCUGAAGAUAGAGCCAACGGCCUUCGACUCGGCGGCAUACGGUCUCCCCCCCCCCCCCUCCAACCUGAUAUCAGAGUCCCCCUUCCCGAGGGCGUCGAGAGGCCGGAACUGGAAGAUUCAGAACUCCUGAAAGAGGCCGAGCGCGAUGAAGCAGAGGCUGAUGCGGAGGUCAUCUCGAAGCCUGCGGAAGAGGCUUUCCCCGGUGCUGACAAUAUGUGAUAUGUAUUUGUAGUGUUUUGAAUUCCUCUGCUUUUUGUUUGUAAUGAAUAUUCGUGUACUCUCGGCCUCGGUCAUACUGUAACAUAUACAUUUACUCUUCUUCUUGAUGGAUGAAUGUUAGCCCUCGGGCCUUGCGUAUUUGACUCGUUUUCUUUAAUUUAUUUCCUCUCGAAUGUAUUUCGUCAUUUUCUCUUGAGUGUA